CAUCCGGUCCACCCGCUGUGGGAAUCCCUGCCUUUCUUUUCCUUAGUGGUAUAUAAGGCGUAGCAUGGAGCAACAAGUAUCAGUCAGUCAGCAGCACUCAGCCAGUAGUCUCCAGCUCACUCCUCGACUCAUCUUAUAUACUGAGUUACCAUGGCAGCCAACGCUCUCGCCCCUUUCAUGUACCAGCUGCAGGAAAGUCUCAACAAUUUCGACCUGAAGCAGUGGGUGGGUCAGCUGGAUAUUAAGACAGGUAGUCUCCUGGUGGUGGUGGUGGUUGGCAUUCUCUUCCUCAUCAACCUCUUCGCCAAACCAUUCAUUCCCUUCGGCAGGAGUCUCUUGUCCUCCGCCGCCGACGCCUGGGACAGCAGGGACCUGGGUCUUGCUAACACUCUCCGUGGAAGUCGCUCACUUGAACCUUUGACAAAUGUGUUGGACGCCCUGGCGAAGGCGGUGAAGAAGUGGGAGGAACCUGAAGACAGCGUCGUCAGGAACCGAGCACUCUAGUAGCUUAUUGCAGCUCUUCCGUUUACAGUAUUAUGAGGAGUGAUGUAGCGCGAAGGUGGAGACAGCUCUCUGUCAGCGUAGUGAAGGCGGGUCUUGCGGAGACCGCGGAAGAAUUGGAUGUGUCAGAGCAACGAGUCACCUUACCCGGUCAGCUGUUGCCCAGAGUGAUCAGCUAAUGUGUUGCGCGAUAAAAUGUUGCACUGUAUGAUCAGCUGAUGCACUGUGUGGCCAGCUGUUACACUGUAUAAUCAGCUGUUGCACAAUGUGAUCAGCUGUUGCGCUGUGUGAAUAGCUGUUGUGUUGCGUGAUCAGCUGUUGUGUUGUGUGAUCAGCUGUUGUGUUGUGUGAUCAGCUGUUGCACUGUGUGAUGAACUGUUGCACUGUGUGGUCAGCUGUUGCGUUGAGUAAUUAACUGCUGCACUGUGAUCAGCUAUUGUGUUGCGUGAUCAUCUGCUGCACUGUGAUCAGCUGUUGUGUUGCGUGAUCAGCUGUUGCACUGUGUGAUCAGCUGCUGGUCUACUCAUUGACGUUUAUAACGUCCCUUAUUCUUAAUUCCCAACAAUGUUAAGAAAUAAACUUUAAAUGUAUAUACAAUACCUCUAUGUGUGUAUAUACACCGUGAAGAAUACCUUCUGUGUAUAUACGCCAUGAAGUAUACCACCUGGUGUAUAUACACCAUGAAGUAUAUCUUUCUGUGUGUAUACGUGAAAAAUACACCUUCCAGUGUAUAUACACUGUAUAUAUAGACAUUCAUUUAUAUAACAUUCAGGAUUUUUUAUUUAUUAAAUAUAAGAAAUAUUAAAA